AUGGGCUUCGUUAUAUUUGUUGCUCAGAACAUGAAAGCACUGAACAUUGACAUCUUGCUGGUCAUCGCGAUCUUCUGCGACCAGUCAACGCUAUGCAUGCUGACCGGGACAUGCAAAACUCUCUAUCGCACCGCAGCUCGGUACGCCCUCAGCGAAAGAGCGGUCUCCCUCGACUCCGACCGAGCGGUAGAGCUCUUCCUUCGGUUCAUGCGCCCACAAAAUGGAGAACGCUGGAAACUACUCCAAACACUCACGAUCCAAACAAAGCUCCUGGGAAGGCCGGACAUUGCCAAAGCGCUCGCCUCCUCCAUUCGACAGGCGACGAACCUCGAGGACCUCGAGCUCGUACCCGCCGAAGUAAUUUUAGGCUCCCAUCCCGAUCUUGGUCCUGCGUUUGCCUCCCUUCCGAAAGUCAAGUACGUGGGGAUAGCUGGAGCCAAUGGGCUUACCUGCCGAAUGUUCGAGGAAAUGCGCUGGCCGCUCGAGACUGCCAUUAUAGAGCGAACGUCCAUCGAUACCUCAUGGGAGGAGAGUGACUGGGACGAUAACGAGGCGAUACACCCCGUUGAACUGUGCAAAAACGCUUGCGAUACCCUGAAAAGUCUCGACCUCGACCGCUGGCUUGUCUGGGAUUUCCGUUCUCCGAGCGUGCCAGUAUACCCGAAGUUGGACUCGCUCACAGUCACCGGCUGCUACUGCCCCCCUACCGCUCCUUGGGCGACAGCUUUCCCCAACCUUUCAUACCUGGAGGUAUCGACGAUCGAGCAUGCAUGCUCGGAUUUCUCAGAGGAGAAUCUCGAGGCGCACCUGGACACACAGGAGGAGAACCGAGAAGAACACUUAUCGCGGGGCACCUGGAACGAGCUGGCGAUGUUCAAGGGCGCCGCGUUGGACCUGUACCUUGUCGGGAUACCAUGCCCCAUACGACAUCUAGAGCUCGGUAUAUCCAGGAAGGAGCUACGCUUCCUCGCUGCUGCUCUCUCGGAUGCACGCCCGACGACGCUCGAUCUCGACAUCUCAACAACAAUGUUCACGGGAGGCGACAACAGCUGGUUGCUCAAACAUCUGCGGAAUCCUUCUCUGAGCACAGUCCGGGUACUCAUUCUCAGAAUUUGGCUUCACAUGCCCAGCACCGCUGAUAUCCCAGAUUUCCUCACCUGCCUCGGUGGCGCUCUCCCAUCGCUACGCCUCGAGUCCCUCUCCUUGCAUAUCAGACUUGAAAACUAUUCCGCCGGCCUCUACCUCACUGAGUGCUCGUCGGACGAAGACUCCGCCGGCGACAGGACAAAACGUCCUGCUCGGGCCCGAAGCCCAACAACCCCCCCAUGCGCCACGGAGGUCUACAUGAGCACGCUGGACGUGUACGCGUUGGCGCAUCGGUUUCGCCAGGCGUCGGAAUCUCUUCAGAACGUGAACGUGAACGUUGAGUUUUGGAGGAGCUCCGAUUACGAAGACAAGCACAUCCGGAUGACCAGGUCGGAUAUCUGCGCGAGCGCGUCCAACUGUGCUUCGUUUUGA